AUGCAGCCGGUGGAUAACAAGCGGGCCACCCAAUACCGGGCGGAUCAAGUUCCUCUGCUCCAACAACCUCCCCCCGAUACUGAAGCAGCGGUGCCGUCGUCGCCGCAUGAGCUGAAAUCUAAGCACAAGGGACCUGUCCCAUCCAGCGCGCGUCUGGCUAAAAGGCCCCUUGCUCCCUCGCUCGUGGAGCCCAGCCGUAAGGUCAUCCGGGGCUCACCACGAGCUUUGGCUCUUCCAGAGACCAACAGGUUAGGGAACAGUUCGGGUUCAGAUCUAGUCAUACGACAGGAGCCACCAUGGGAUACUUUCAAGAAGUACUACGAAUGCGAUUUGGCUGGCACCGUUGCCGUAUGCGUCCGGCGCUCCGGUCGCCGUGGUGUCUGGGCGAUUCGACAGUAUCCCUGCAAAGAUGCUGACAGAAUCCUGGGGAUUCUCCGUUCCACGAGCCAUAAAAAUGUGGUCUCGGCUUUCGAAUGUUUCCGCACCUCUGAUGCUCUAUAUAUGCUCAGCCAGUUCCACCCACUCACCCUAGACCAUGUCGUCGCCUGCAAAGCCUUCCCAGACCAGCGGCAGCUGGCUGCCAUUAUGUCUCAGUUUGUUGAUGGACUAUCAUAUCUUGACGCCCAAAGUCUCCAGCAUACUUCCCUGGAUUGUGCCAGCGUCCUGAUGAGCCUUGACGGGGAGGUCCAGAUCGGUAACCCCAUUGCUUGA